UCACAAUUUGAUUCAGUCACACAUUGGGCAUUUUUGAGAGAGGGAGAGCAAAAGAGAAGAGAAAUGGCAUCUGCAGCAGCUGGUAGAGGAGCACAAACCAUGAAUUCUAUGUAUUUUAAGCCAAUCCUGAGGAAAGCCUACCAUAGGAAGAGUGGGUCUCCGGAUAUGGUGAGCGAUACAAUGAAGUUGAACGGGGAUGAAAUGAAGCAUAAGGCGACUGUCGCCACAGGAAAUGGCGACGCGACUUGGUGGGUCCCAGACGAUCGAACCGGAAUCUAUUACCCUAAAGGGCAGGAGAAGGUGAUGGAAGAUGUUCCUCAAGGGUCCGGAAAGGGUUUCGAUACAAUUAACUGGUUUAAUUGAACUCAAUCAAUAAUGCAACGAAUUCUUUAAUUCGUUGCUAGUAUGUUCAUCGUACAUAUACAUAUUUCCAUGUACCCUAAGUUACGUCUUCUUUGUUGAAAUAAAAUUGCAUCAUCUUAUAGUAUAAUAAAUUUAAAUAA